AUGGAGAGCCCGCAGCAAUCUCACCCAGGCGCAAACGCGGAACUGGCCCUGGGUCUACCCUCGACGGACUUCGAAUUCCCUUCCUACCAGGCCAUGCCGAACGAUCAGCCCUACCUGAAAGCCGACAUAGAGAACUAUGCGACUGCGCUAGAGCAGUACCCGUCCGGAGACGGAAAGUACGUGGCCGAGGUCUUGCGCGAGUUCCUAUCCAAGAACGUCAACCGAGGAGAUACCUUUCUUCUGGGCGACACAGCCGACGACCGCAAGGUUGGCUACUUGCUGAACCUGAUCGGCGAUGCGCAAACCAAGAACCCGCGCUUUGCCGACUUGGUCUCCCAGCUUCGGAUGGAGAAGGAUGACUCUGAAGGUUCGUGA